AUGAUGACCGCCAAGGCCUUAGACAAAAUCCCAGUAACUCUCGGUGGUUUUGUGCACCAGCUGCCCGACAGCAUCUACCCGGUGGAGGACCUCGCCACGUCGGUGACCAUCUUCCCCAAUGCCGAGCUGGGAGGCCCCUUUGACCAGAUGAACGGAGUGGCCGGAGAUGGCAUGAUCAACAUUGACAUGACUGGAGAGAAGAGGUCCCUGGAUCUCCCGUAUCACAGCAGCUUUGCUCCCGUCUCCGCACCCCGAAACCAGACCUUCACGUACAUGGGCAAGUUCUCCAUCGACCCCCAGUACGCCGGUGCCAGUUGCUACCCGGAAGGCAUCAUCAACAUUGUGAGUGCAGGCAUCCUUCAAGGGGUCACUUCCCCAGCUUCGACGACAGCCUCAUCCAGUGUCACCUCUGCCUCCCCCAACCCGCUGGGCGCCGGACCCCUGGGCGUGUGCACCAUGUCCCAGACCCAGCCCGACCUGGACCACCUCUACUCGCCGCCACCGCCGCCGCCUCCUUAUUCCGGCUGCACCGGGGACCUCUACCAGGACCCCUCCGCGUUCCUGUCCCCAAGCACCACCUCCACCGCCUCCUCUCUGGGCUACCCGCCGCCUCCUUCCUACCCAUCCCCCAAGCCCACCACGGACCAGGGCCUCUUCCCCAUGAUCCCAGACUACCCUGGAUUUUUCCCGUCGCAGUGCCAGAGGGACCUACACGGUGCAGCUGGCCCAGACCGCAAGCCCUUCCCCUGCCCCCUGGACUCCCUGCGGGUCCCGCCUCCGCUCACCCCACUCUCCACCAUCCGCAACUUCACUCUGGGGGGCCCCAGUGUCGGGGCCACCGGGCCAGGGGCCAGUGGAGGCAGCGAGGGACCCCGGAUGCCCAGCAGCAGCUCGGCCGCAGCAGCUGCUGUUGCCGCCGCUUAUAACCCUCACCACCUGCCCCUGCGGCCCAUCCUGAGGCCUCGCAAGUACCCCAACAGGCCCAGCAAGACACCGGUGCACGAGAGGCCCUACCCGUGCCCGGCGGAGGGCUGUGACCGGCGCUUCUCCCGCUCCGACGAGCUGACCCGGCACAUCCGCAUCCACACCGGGCACAAGCCCUUUCAGUGUCGGAUCUGCAUGCGCAACUUCAGCCGCAGCGACCACCUCACCACCCACAUCCGCACGCACACGGGCGAGAAGCCCUUUGCCUGUGACUACUGUGGCCGCAAGUUUGCCAGGAGUGACGAGAGGAAGCGCCACACCAAGAUCCACCUGAGACAGAAGGAGCGCAAAGGCAGCGCUCCCUCCUCCUCGUCUGUGCCCGCUGCUUCCAUGGCUUCUUCGUGCCCUGGGGGCACGCAGGCCGGAGGGCCCCUGUGCGGCGGCAGUAACAGCGGCGCCAUGGGAGGAGGGUCCCUGGCCACUUGCUCCUCUAGGACCAGGACACCUUGA